AUGGUCCAGCUGGGGAAGCUGCUCCGCGUCCUGACUUUGAUGAAGUUCCCCUGCUGCGUGCUGGAGGUGCUCCUGUGCGUGCUGGCGGCGGCGGCGCGCGGCCAGGAGAUGUACGCCCCGCACUCGAUCCGGAUCGAGGGGGACGUCACCCUUGGGGGGCUGUUCCCAGUGCACGCCAAGGGUCCCAGCGGAGUGCCCUGCGGUGACAUCAAGAGGGAGAACGGGAUCCACAGGCUGGAAGCUAUGCUUUAUGCCCUAGACCAAAUCAACAGCGAUCCCAACCUGCUGCCCAAUGUAACGUUAGGCGCGCGGAUCCUGGACACUUGUUCCAGGGACACUUAUGCGCUCGAACAGUCGCUCACUUUCGUCCAGGCGCUCAUCCAGAAGGACACCUCCGACGUGCGCUGCACCAACGGCGAGCCCCCGGUUUUCGUCAAGCCAGAGAAAGUAGUUGGAGUGAUUGGGGCUUCGGGAAGCUCCGUCUCCAUCAUGGUAGCCAACAUCUUGAGGCUUUUCCAGAUCCCUCAGAUUAGUUACGCGUCCACAGCUCCUGAGCUCAGUGACGAUCGGCGCUAUGACUUCUUCUCUCGAGUGGUCCCACCUGAUUCCUUUCAAGCUCAGGCCAUGGUUGACAUUGUAAAGGCUUUGGGCUGGAAUUAUGUGUCUACUCUUGCAUCUGAAGGAAGCUAUGGAGAGAAAGGUGUGGAGUCCUUCACACAGAUUUCCAAAGAGGCCGGUGGGCUCUGCAUUGCCCAGUCCGUGAGAAUCCCCCAAGAGCGCAAAGACAGAACCACUUGACUUGAUAGAAUUAUCAAACAGCUCUUGGACACCCCCAACUCCAGGGCCGUCGUGAUUUUUGCCAACGAUGAGGAUAUAAAGCAGAUCCUUGCAGCAGCCAAAAGAGCUGACCAAGUGGGCCAUUUUCUCUGGGUGGGGUCAGACAGCUGGGGAUCCAAAAUCAACCCACUGCAUCAGCAUGAAGAUAUUGCAGAAGGAGCCAUCACCAUCCAGCCUAAGAGAGCAACAGUGGAAGGGUUUGAUGCUUAUUUCACAUCCCGAACACUUGAAAACAACCGGAGAAAUGUAUGGUUUGCUGAAUACUGGGAAGAAAACUUUAAUUGCAAGUUGACAAUUAGUGGGUCCAAAAAAGAAGACACAGAUCGCAAGUGCACAGGACAGGAGCGAAUUGGAAAAGACUCCAAUUAUGAGCAGGAGGGAAAAGUUCAGUUUGUGAUUGAUGCUGUGUAUGCCAUGGCACAUGCCCUUCAUCACAUGAAUAAGGAUCUGUGUGCUGAUUACCGGGGAGUUUGCCCAGAGAUGGAGCAAGCAGGGGGAAAGAAGCUGUUGAAGUAUAUCCGCAAUGUUAACUUCAAUGGUAGUGCUGGCACCCCAGUGAUGUUUAACAAAAAUGGGGACGCCCCUGGGCGGUAUGAUAUCUUCCAAUACCAGACAACAAACACCACCAACCCUGGUUAUCGUCUUAUUGGUCAGUGGACAGAUGAACUUCAGCUCAACAUAGAGGACAUGCAAUGGGGCAAAGGAGUCCGGGAGAUCCCGCCCUCUGUGUGCACAUUGCCCUGCAAGCCUGGACAGAGGAAGAAGACACAGAAGGGAACCCCUUGCUGCUGGACCUGUGAGCCCUGUGAUGGAUACCAGUAUCAGUUUGAUGAGAUGACAUGUCAGCAUUGUCCCUAUGACCAAAGGCCCAAUGAAAAUCGAACUGGCUGUCAGAACAUCCCCAUCAUCAAACUGGAGUGGCACUCUCCCUGGGCUGUCAUUCCUGUCUUCCUGGCAAUGUUGGGGAUCAUUGCCACCAUCUUUGUCAUGGCCACUUUCAUCCGAUACAAUGACACGCCCAUUGUCAGGGCUUCUGGACGGGAACUCAGCUACGUGUUAUUGACUGGCAUCUUUCUCUGCUACAUCAUCACCUUCCUAAUGAUUGCCAAACCAGAUGUGGCAGUAUGUUCUUUCCGACGUGUCUUCUUGGGCUUGGGCAUGUGCAUUAGUUAUGCAGCCCUUUUAACAAAAACCAACCGGAUUUAUCGCAUAUUUGAGCAGGGCAAGAAAUCGGUGACAGCUCCCAGACUCAUAAGCCCGACAUCACAACUGGCAAUCACUUCCAGUUUAAUAUCAGUGCAGCUUCUAGGUGUCUUCAUUUGGUUUGGGGUUGACCCACCGAACAUCAUCAUAGACUACGAUGAGCAUAAGACAAUGAACCCAGAGCAAGCCAGGGGAGUUCUCAAAUGUGACAUCACAGACCUUCAAAUCAUUUGCUCCUUGGGAUAUAGCAUUCUUCUCAUGGUCACAUGUACUGUGUAUGCCAUCAAGACUCGGGGUGUACCAGAGAAUUUUAAUGAAGCCAAGCCCAUUGGAUUCACUAUGUACACGACGUGUAUUGUAUGGCUUGCCUUCAUCCCCAUAUUUUUUGGCACUGCACAGUCAGCAGAAAAGCUCUACAUACAAACUACUACGCUUACAAUCUCCAUGAACCUAAGUGCGUCAGUGGCGUUGGGGAUGCUAUACAUGCCGAAAGUGUACAUCAUCAUUUUCCACCCGGAACUCAACGUCCAGAAACGGAAGCGAAGCUUCAAGGCCGUAGUCACAGCAGCCACCAUGUCAUCAAGGCUGUCACACAAACCCAGUGACAGGCCCAACGGCGAGGCAAAGACAGAACUCUGUGAAAAUGUAGACCCAAACAACUGUAUACCACCAGUAAGAAAGAGUGUACAAAAGUCGGUAACUUGGUACACUAUCCCACCAACAGUAUAG